AUGUUAACAUUGAAUCUCGGCAACAGCCAGGCUGACGACUGUACGGAUGCUGUGAUCAAUAUGAAGAUGUUUCAGGAGAUUUCCAGGCACCUUCUCUUUGAGUGGUCUGUUUUGGCGUCUAAGCUCGGCUUCACCAGAACUGAGAUCGCAAAGUUUCACAAGAAGUCCUCAGAGGAGAGAGUCCAGGCCAGGAACAUGCUGGAGACCUGGUAUGAGAGGUCAUGGGACAAAGUCAAUAAGACCAAGCUGCUGUGGGACGGACUGGAGCGAGCAGGCAGGAGGGACCUGGCUGAGAGGAUACACUGCCUCCACUGGGGGCACCAGAAGCUGAGCCGCAGGGUGUAGCUUCCCUCCGUAUUCCCCUUCCUCAUCACCGUCCGCAAGAUCAUCCGGUACCAGCGAGAUGUCGACAGGCACCAGACUCACCUGACAAAGAAGGAACUGCACAUUCACACUAAAUGA